CUUAGAAAUUAAAUAGGUUAAAAUGAACUUUUUAAAAUUUGUUAGGUGUAAAACUCAAAUUAUUAUUAUUAUUAAUAUAAAUAAGUUGGAAUUAGUUGAAGGGCAUUAAACAACAAUCUUUUCUGCAUGAGAAAGCCGUUUCGUUUAAUUUGUGAAAUUGUGAGAUUAAUAUAGCUUGAAGAUCCGGUGUAUGGACUUUUAGAAAUCAGCAGGGGUAGUGAUGAUGAUCGGCCUCAAUCACAUAGUAUUAUAUAUAGGUGGAAACGGUAGGUCUAGUAUAAGUUCAUCCCCAUACCAAAGGGGAUGUAUGUUGAUAUGGAAGUCGAAAUUCACAACCUUGAGCAGGAUGCAUAUGGUGCAAUCCUUCGAGCUUUCAAAGCACAGUCUGAUGCUCUUACAUGGGAAAAGGAAAGCUUGAUAACACAACUCAGACGAUGAGCACAGAGACCUACUGACCAACGUCAAUGCCGAUAACCGUAUUCAUAGUAUCAGGGAGUGGAGAAAGACCAAUGGAAACCAAGAUCAACUCCCCAGUCCAACAGUUUCUGGAUCAACAAAAUCUGUGAUAGUGCCACUUGGUGCCCCGUUGGAGUCCUUGCACCAUCAGACAAUUGCAGCAAGCACGCAACCUACUACUCCAGGUGCAAAAUGGGCAGCAGCCCCAGGAAAUGGAGGAUUUACGUCUAGACCUGGCCAGCAACUGUUCUCCUCUUCAAGGCCUGUUCAUUAUCAGCAGGCUGGUCCUGGUUCUUCAAGUGCUCUUCGUUCUGCUGAAUUUGCUGAAAGACCGCACCACGACCCCUUGAUUGGGAGAAGAGUGAUGACUAGGUGGCCACAUGACAACAACUUCUACAAGGCCAUUAUAACUGACUACAGCGCUGUCGAUGCUCGGCAUGCUUUGGUGUAUGAUAUGAAUACACCAAAUGAAACUUGGGAAUAGGUUGAUCCCAAAGAGAUUCACUCCAUGGAUAUUCGUUGGAUAGGUGGUGAUCCUGGAAUAUCUCGAGUAGGAGGAGGUGGUGGGCCAGGCUAUGGAGGAGUUAAUACUCUAAAUGCUGGAAGAGGGAGGAGAUUUGCUAGGCAACAAUUUGAGAAUGAUGUCAAUGCAUCAGAGAAUAGAAUCGUACAGAAGACAUCAGAUGAAAUUGAGAUUCUGCACACAGCAACACUGAUAAAGAAGGUUAUUGAUGCAAGUCGCCCUGAUCUGGCUGAGCUUGCAAAGGCAAAGAAAAUGCUCAAGGAACAUGAACAAGCAUUAAUUGAUGUGAUUGCCAAACUCACCGAUGGUUGUGAGAGUGGAAGUGGUGGGGAACCGCCAUUCUUCCAUAAGAACGAUCUGCUGGGGAGCAAUCAUGAUGGUGUUGAUAUGGAGCCUGGGAUGAGGGCAAGAGGUCAAGGCGCACCGGAAAAUCAUCCAGAUGAGGAUGUCAUCGUUAUUUAGCCUUUUUCAUAAUCAUCAUUUGUAGGCAAUACAUUUUGUCUAUUUAGAUUCUGGAGCUAAGCUGCCAAACAUCGUAUUUCAGCUCAAUGGAUUAUAGUGCCAACUUUGCUGUCGCAUGAAUUGUGCAAGACAACGUAGAGAUGUCUUUGUAUGUUAUGUUAUUACUCUUUAGUUUUGCUGCUACAACCCCUGAAUAAAGCUGCUUCAGUUUGGCAAUACAUUUUGUCUAUUUAGAUUCUGGAACUGAGCUGCCAAACAUCGUAUUUCAGCUCAAUGAAUUAUAGUGCCAACUUUGCUGUCGCAUGAAUUGUGCAAGACAACGUAGAGAUGUCUUUGUAUGUUAUGUUAUUACUCUUUAGUUUUGCUGCUACAACCCCUGAAUAAAGCUGCUUCAGUUUGGCAAUACAUUUUGUCUAUUUAGAUUCUGGAACUGAGCUGCCAAACAUCGUAUUUCAGCUCAAUGGAUUAUAGUGCCAACUUUGCUGUCGCAUGAAUUGUGCAAGACAACGUAGAGAUGUCUUUGUAUGUUAUGUUAUUACUCUUUAGUUUUGCUGCUACAACCCCUGAAUAAAGCUGCUUCAGUUUGGCAAUACAUUUUGUCUAUUUA